GCUUGGUAUAGCUUCCAGUGCUUUCAGUUUCACUCAAUUGAAGCAAGCUUGGUUGCCUAAGUAUGCACUUUCCAACCAGUGUUGUCACUUGGCAAUUUUGACCCGAACUUCGCCGCGGUAUAGAAACGCGGAAGCGGAUGUACAAAUGACACUAACACAACGAAAUCGAAAGCAAGAGUCAAUUGAUUGUUAACUUGGUUUCUGAUCAUAAUGAAACCUUUUCGCCCGUAGCGGUGGCAACGCCGUCGAACCUACAUUCUUUUGACAAAUGGCUGACGUCCGUGUCAGUGUUGGUUAGUGUUGCGUUUGUCGGGAGCGAAUUUGCAUUUUCUCCAUUCAUCAACGAUAAUGAAGCCCCGGAUAUGAUGUAGUUGUUUAUUAUGUGUGAUAUUGCAUUCUCGAAAUCGAAAUCGGACGGUGAGCUAUUAAACUGCGACGAAAUGACCCUCGAGACCAACGAGCCUUCUGUGUUGAAAAGGACGUUUACACUGCCCAGGAACCCCUUUAAUUCCGUCCGGUCCUCGAAAAGGAGAAUCAAAACGUUGGAAAAUAACGUUACCGAGAUUAUCGUCAACGGCGAUGUCGAAAAGAACAACAGACGAGUGUUUAGGCGGCCGUCGAUACGAAAAUUCAUUAACAAAAUCGCGCAGCAUAUCGGGCCUGUACCAGGAAUCAACCAAAACUUGGAUAAUAUCCGGGUACCGCCCGUGGGGUUCCAAACGUGGGGUCCGGACGAUAUCCCCGGCGUGACGGGUCUAGACAACCACGGCAACACUUGUUUCAUAAACGCGGUGUUGCAGUGCAUCUCGCACACGGACGUGCUGGCCGAAUACUUUGUUCUCGAUAAAUACAAAAUCGAUUUGUCGCGCCGGAACAAAUUAAACUCGAAAAAGUUCGGGACCAGGGGCGAGGUCACCGAACAGUUGGCUCGCGUGCUCAAAGCGUUGUGGGCUUGUCAAUACAGCCCCGAGAUCACAUUGAGCUUCAAACACGUCGUCGGUAGACACUCGUUGCAAUACAAGGGCACCCAACAGCACGACGCGUUGGAAUUCUUGCAGUGGCUGCUCGAUAAGGUGCACGAAGACUUGAAUACGGCUUCGAAGAAGAAAUACAAGUCGAUAAAGACCGCGGGCCGACCGGACGAGGUGAUAGCCGCCGAAACGUUGGAGAACUACAAGCGGUGCAACAACUCGUUCAUCCAAGGCAUAUUCCAAGCUCAGUACCGGUCCUCGUUGAGCUGCUCCCGGUGCCGCACCCAAUCGAACACCUUCGACCCGUUCCAGUGCAUAUCGGUGCAACUGCCCCAGUUCCACAAGCAGAGCGUCUACGUCACGGUGGUCUACACGUCUCAGCAGCCUCGUCAAGUGCAGAUCGGGCUCAGCUUGCCGUCCGCGGCUAGCGUGGGCGAGCUGAGAGAGAUACUCCAGUCGGACACCUCGAUAGAGAAGGAGAACAUGCUGCUGACCGAAAUUGGGGAAACGGGGUUCAUGAGGACCUUUAACGACAACCAGUCGAUCAAUGUGAUAUCGGAAAUCGAUCCCGUGUACUGCAUCGAAACCGCCCAGCUGAAGGAGAGGCAGGAGGACAUCACCAGCCCCUACGUGUUGCUCUGUUGGAUCAACGCCGUGAUGGUGGGCGGAGAAAUGCAACGUUUCGGCAGCCCUUACACCAUGCAGGUGUCGCGGGAGACGGAUUACGACGACCUGCAGAAGCUGUUGUUGAAGGAGAUGGCGCCCAUCUUGCACGACGACAUUUUGACGGCAUCCCAAACUAGGGGGAUAUUCAAAAUUCGUAUAUUCGACUCGGCUUGGAACGAUAACGAGCCGCCGUCCUACCUGGAGCCGGACCUGGAGCAUCCGUUGUUCAUGGAGGCCGUGGACCAAUCGUUGGCCCUCUGCAGCGAAGACGGCAGUCCGCAACAUCUGAAGCUGAUACUCGAGUGGACGAUCGACUCGAAGGCGAUCGUCAUAGCCGACGAUUGCGACGCCGUCGAGGAGCACUCGAGCGUGAAAAAUCUACGGGCGCAAGCGUUGCAGGGCGGCGCCCCGCUCACGCUCGAGGAGUGCCUGAGAGAUUACACGGGCGCGGAAACUUUGACCGACACGUGGAGGUGUUCGCAUUGCCGCCAGUACCAGCCGGUGGUGAAGACGUUGGACGUGUGGUCUUUGCCGGACAUCUUGAUCGUCCACUUUAAACGAUUCAGGCAGCAGAGCGCUCGUGGGGGGAACUCGACCAAACUGACUACGAUGGUCGACUUCCCGGUGUACAACUUCGACAUGUCGCCCCACCUGGCGAGCAAACGGAACCCCGCCCACCUGCAGGACGGCGACGUCAUCAUCAACAACGGCUGGUCACCGUGGAAACGGACGCGCAAACAGUCCCAGUCAAACGACAACAUGUACGACCUCUACGCGGUGUGCUACCACCACGGCACCGACCUGGAGACCGGCCAUUACACCGCCGCUUGCAAGAACCCGUACGACAACAACUGGUAUCUGUACGACGAUUCCAAGGUCCUUAACUUGAGUAGGGACGCGAACGACGUCAGCCCGCUACUGGUCAACAACAGCGCGUACAUCCUGUUCUACCAGCGGCGGAACGGGAUCUACGCGAGCUCGAGCUCCAACAAUAGCUCGGCGGCGAGUACCAGCUCGGUGGGUUCCGGUAACGACCACUGGGUAACGAGGAUGCCGCGUUUCCUACCUCCAAAACCCGUCAAACCGGAAAAGUCGGUUACGGUUAAGGAGGAGCCGAAAAUCAUCGAGUCGGUCGCGUCUGACAAGGAGGCGGAGCCGAGAAAAGACGAGGUCGCGUUACGUAACAGCCAGAACGCCCUCUACAGCAGCCGGAAGUCGCUCGAGAUCAAGGUGGCGGAGAACCUGAGGAACUCGCCGACGUUGAGCUUGAAUCUGAGCCGUUCGCCGUCCGAUUGCAACCCCAAGAGGCCGCCCGUCUACACCACCAGCAUAUACAUAAACUCCACCGGCGGCGGUGGAGGUGGCAACAUCAACGCGUCGCCGGUACUGAGCUGCCUUCGGGUGGAGGGACUGAAACAGGAGGAAGUGGAACGGAGGAGAGAGACGUACAGUACGACUGCGGCCGUGCACCGCCACUCUGAUACCGAGAAGAUGUCGCCGAAGGCGGACGUUGAUCGGAUAUCGCCGCAACCACUGAAGAAGCUCGUCCCGUCGCAGCAGUCCUUAUAAUACAUACUGUUCUUCACUGUACAUAAUUAAUCCUACCACAUUUCGAAGGUGGUAGUUUUUGUUUGCCUCAUUGUUUUCGGUACGUUUGAACUACUCGGUUUAAUUUAGGAUGAGAAGCACCCGUUCCGUUUGCCCAAAACAAUUGAAAUUAUCUCCGCUAAAGCAGAAUUUAUUAUUUUUAUUUUGUUUCAAUUUUUUUUUAACAUAUAUUUUAUUUAUUGCGAGAAGAGAAUAUUUUAUUAUAGGUAUAUCAUAUAUCGGUCGAGCGGUGAAACAGUGAUAUUAUCUGUUGCGUUGUUUUUUUUUUAGUUGUCCGGGUCGCGUAUCAGCACCUUUAGGUUUUAUGUGUUACAGUAAAGUAGUUUGGAACGCGCAAAAUUUUAAUAAAUAACCCCCCCCCCCCCCCAGGAGUGCCAAACGCGUAAGCCCGCCCAUGGCGUUCCGAACGACCCGCAAAAAUCGUGCAUUUAAAAAAUAUAUAUUAAAGUCUACACUGCUGCUACUACUAAUUAGGAUCAUACGUGUAAAAACUGUAAAACAAAAAUGGUUUUCAUAUGUUUUUUGUAAUAUUUGUAUAAUGAAGCUCCAAAAAAGACUCGAGAUAGUAUUGUAACAUGUAAAACACGCGUGCCUUAAAACCUUUGAAAUGUUCUGUUAUGUUAUGUACAACAUGAAAAAUCUGAAUAAAAAAUUCGCAUCGGAAACUUCCGUAUUU